CCCCCUCUCCACCGACAGAGAGCGUUGUUCAACUUCCCUGUAAACACACUGUUAGGACGGAGGCUGCUGGGAAAAGAUGGCAGCUUCCUUUUGUGGUAGGGGAUUUAAAAUACUCUUGGCGGAGGAUUAGACAUAUUUUCCAGAGCAUACACAGGUCUCCAUUACAGACUUGGGUUGUCUAAUAUCGACAGAGGAGAAGUUUGAGCCGAACAACAUGGAGAAGUCCGGCAGCAUCGACAGUUUGGGCUCGAAGCAAUCCUCUUCUCGACAACCGAGUGUCGAAUCAUUGUCCAGCUCUUCCACUUCUCGCUCUGACCGUUCGGCACAGUCUAAACCCCCUUCUGCCCUUUCCUCUGACUCUGUGGCUGCAGAGUUCUCCCCAGAGAUCAGGGUAAAGCCCAAAACUCAUACAAAGGUUCUUGGAGAUUCCGAUAAAGGGGAACCACUGCUACUUCCAAAUGAGACUGUGCAAGAUAUGGCUCAAGACGUCACCUAUUUUUGUCCUUUCACUGGAGCACUGCGUGGAAUUGUCACAGUUACCAACUACAGACUGUUCUUCAAAUGCAUGGACAGGGAUCCCUCUUUUGUGUUGGAUUUGCCUCUUGGGGUUGUGAGUCGUAUUGAGAAGAUUGGCAGUGCGUCAAGCCGCGGUGACGUAUCCUAUGGACUAGUGUGUAAGGAUAUGCGCAAUUUGCGAUUUGCUCACAAACAAAUGGAUGACACGCUCCGGAAGUCAAUUUUUGAGGUGUUGAUGAAAUUUGCGUAUCCUGUUUCCAACGGGCUGAAAAUAUUUGCCUUUGAGUAUGGACAAGUGUUUCCUGAGAAUGGAUGGAAGGUGUAUGACGCAGUCUCUGAAUACAAAAGACAGGGAAUUCCCAAUGAAAGUUGGAGGGUUACAAAAGUGAACGAUCAUUACGAGCUGUGCGACACCUAUCCAUCAACUCUGGUAGUCCCCGUCAACAUUCCUGAUGAGGAGCUGAAGCGGGUAGCGGCCUUCCGAGCAAAGGGAAGGAUGCCUGUGCUGUCAUGGAUUCAUCCAGAGAGUCAGGCAACCGUUACACGCUGCAGUCAGCCCAUGGUUGGAGUAAACGGCAAGCGUAGCAAGGAGGAUGAAAAAUACCUGCAAACAAUUAUGGAUGCCAACGCCCAGUCACAUAAACUCUUCAUUUUUGAUGCUAGGCCCAGUGUCAAUGCUGCUGCUAACAAGAUGAAAGGUGGCGGGUAUGAAAGCGAGGACGCUUAUCAAAAUGCAGAGUUAGUGUUUUUGGAUAUUCACAACAUCCAUGUAAUGAGAGAGUCACUCCGCAAGCUGAAGGAUAUUGUUUACCCCAACAUUGAGGAUUCUCACUGGCUUUCCAAUCUGGAGUCCACCCACUGGCUUGAGCACAUCAAGUUGAUUCUCGCAGGCGCACUGCGUAUUGCAGACAAGGUAGAAUCCGGCAAAACGUCUGUGGUGGUGCACUGCAGUGACGGCUGGGACCGAACGGCACAACUGACCUCAUUGGCCAUGCUCAUGCUGGACGGUUACUACCGCACCAUUCGCGGAUUCCAGGUGUUGCUCGAGAAGGAAUGGCUGAGCUUUGGCCACCGCUUUCAGCUGCGUAUCGGCCAUGGCGAUAAGAACCACACAGAUGCAGAUCGCUCACCUGUUUUCAUUCAGUUCAUUGACUGUGUCUGGCAGUUGACUCACCAGUUUCCUGCAGCUUUUGAGUUUAACGAAUACUUUCUGGUGACCAUCUUGGACCAUCUGUACAGCUGCCUGUUUGGGACAUUCCUGUGUAACAGCGAACAGCAGAGGAUGAAGGAAGAGGUUCCAAAGAGGACGGUGUCUUUGUGGUCGUACAUCAACAGUCAGCUGGAGGAGUUCAGCAAUCCUUUGUAUGUGAACUUCUCCAACCAUGUGCUGUUCCCUGUAGUCAGCUUGCGCCACCUGGAGCUCUGGGUAGGCUACUACAUACGUUGGAACCCUCGCAUGAGGCCUCAGGAACCUGUUCAUCAGCGCUACAAGGAACUGCUAGCCAAACGUGCAGAGUUGCAGAAGAGAGUGGACGAGCUGCAGCGAGAUGUGACCAAUCGCUCAGCGUCUUCUUCCUCUGAUAGGGCGGGCUCCCCAACGCGGUCCAUCACCCCAGUUCAGACCUUCGUUUGACCACACUUCUGCCUGAUAGAGGUUGGCAUACAGUCCUCAUAAAAUGACUUCAAAUCCUGUGCACCAAACUGUCUCUCGGGUAAAAAAGUGCGUUUAAAGUCUUGCUAAUAAUCUAGUAAAACUCAAAAGUGUGCUUCCAAUGGUGUGUGUACAAAUAUCUACAAAUACUUAGCAUCAUUUAUUAUAUUGACUGACCGCCGAUCAGUAUUGUUAGAUUUUGGAUAUACUAAAAUAUUAAUCUUGUAACAUAUUUAUGCAGUGUUGCUUGCCACUAAUACAUUUGGCACUACCUUUUUGCCGGCAUUAAUGAAUUGAGAUAGCUCUGCUUCUUAACUCACCUCAUGCAUACCAGGUCUGUCAGAGAGUAAGAAGACGUAGCAGGAAGGAGGUAACACAAAAGUGUUGCCUUUAAUGCUAUAUUAUUUAAUAAGUAUUUUGACCCCUGAAGAUUGUUUAUCCCAAAAAGCGACUAGCAACAAAUCUAGCAACUUUUUCGGGUCUAAUUUGACCCUUUUGGAGAAUCUAACAUGAAAUCACCAAUCGCUCUUCUCAACGAGAAGCGGGUCUUGCUGUGGACCACCAUCCCAUCUCACAGCCCUCACAAGCAGCUCCGUCUUGCCUGUGAGUCUUUGACAUAAAAAAACACAAAAAGAAGCGACAAAAGAAAGCUGAGUAGUAUUUUUAAACACAUUUAUUUUGGGUUUUUUGUCACCUGUCUCUACCGCAGACAAAUUUACAUGCACAUGUGUCAUCAUGGCCUAUUAUGCAAAUUAGAUGAUGAUGUUUGAUUGAUUGAUUGAAAAUUGUAUUAGUAGAUUGCACAGUUCAGUACAUAUUCCGUACAAUUGACCACUAAAUGGUAACACUCAAAUAAGUUUUUCAACUUGUUUAAGUCGGGGUCCACGUAAUCAAUUCAUGUCAUCUAAAUUAUAUUUGUUUUGUGUCUUUAACACUGAAUUGCAGUUGGGGAAUUUUGCCUAUCGUUCGAAAUCAUAAUGAAAGACAUGACGGAUGUAUUUCUUUUCAAUGCAUUUUAAAUAGUAAAUAAAUGUGAUCAGAAAGUCAGCUUACAAUGGGCCUAUGGGAGCCUCUGAAUACUGCCUAUAAAGCCCUUAAAAAACAUCCAAACACCUCCAUUAAGGUUAUAUAUAUAUAUAUAUACACUGUAAGUAUAUAUGUAAUGUAGUAACAGGCCCAUUUAUAAUAACAUUUUAUAUUUACGUAUUUUGAUCAUUUUAAGCAUAUGCAGCACAUUAAUUUCAAAAACGUCGCUUUUUUUUUACACUACAUCACUGAUUACUGCUCAAUGCAUACUUUAUAAGACCCAACAAACAUAAUAAAACAUAAUGUACUAUAUAAGGUCUGCUGUCAUUAGGAUGCCGACUACUAGGAUGUUCAUAUAUUCCCAUUUAGAUGAAAAAUUACUCAUAAUCCUCGCAAAGAAAAGGGGGAUGGUACCAAGCGUCUUUUCGUGUCAUUCUUCCAAUUUCGUGUUCUAAAAUUGGCUGUCAAAGUGUACCAACUUGUAGGAAUACGUCUUUAUCAUUCUACUAUCCAGGUGAGAGGUAUGAUUUAUGAUCUAGAAUAAAGUUUGACGAACAAGGAAAUGAGGAAGCAGCUGAUCAGUCGAUCAUGUCAACAUUGAUACACAAGCUUGUGAUCACAGUGCCGCUAUAAACAGUUUGUCUGCGUUAGCGCUUGAAAUAACAAUAUCACUAAUACUUGGUUAAUAAUCAAGUCACAAAAUGUAAAUGGAGUAUUGUUGGCGGUUUUUGAAAAAUUGUUGGGUUUUAUGGGCGGAAUAGAGGACCUCUCAUUGGUUCCGCUAUAAGCGGAUAUUUAUUUACGUUUAUUUACAAGCUAGAAUGCAUUAAAAAAAUACAUCCGUCGUCAUGUCUUUCAUGAUUGUGAAAGAUAGGCAAAAUUCCUAACAAAGUGCGGUUCCCCUUUAACACUGUAAUGCCCUAUACACACUAUAUAAGAACACUGCUAUUCUCCUAUUUAUAAAGCAAUACUGUUGAAGCUAUUGAACUUACAUGAGGGUCUAUUUGAGGUCAAUUAUGUAUUUAUAAACAUGUAUGUGUGUAUAUAUAUAUGUGUAUGUGUAUGUAUGUACCGUAAUUUCCGGACUAUAAGCCGCUACUUUUUCCCCUCGUUCUGGUCCCUGCGGCUUAUACAACGGUGCGGCUUAUUUACGGCCUGUUCUUCUCCGACACCGACGAAGAGGAUUUCGGUGGUUUUAGUACGCAGGAGGAAGACGAUGACACAAUGAUUAAAGACUGACUUUUCAUAUACCGGUAGGCUGGUUAUUUUGAUAACGUACAGGCGAGCACUUUGUAUUACUUUGCACCGUUGUAUUAUUUGUACUCUGCACGAAUGCUGUUCGCCAUGUCAAAGAUGUGAAAGUUUGAUUGAAUGAUUGAAAGAUUUAUUGUUAAUAAAUGGGACGCUUUGCGUUCCCAAACAGUCAUCUCUGUCCCGACAAUCCCCUCCGUGGUAGCAGGAACCCUUAUAUACUACGGUAAUUACACAUCAAAACCCUGCGGCUUAUAGUCGGGUGCGGCUUAUAUAUGGAGCAAUCUGUAUUUUCCCCUAAAUUUAGCUGGCGCGGCUUAUAG